AUGCGGGGGCGUGGGGGUGAAAUAACCCCCAACCAUCCCCCCCCAAAGGGGCGGAACCACCCCUAUAUAUAUCUGCCCCGGCCUCCGCCGUUGGCCACUACAACUCCCAGCACUACCCGAGCUGUCUCGUUUUCCAGGUCAGUAUUCGUAUUCGAAAUAUACAGAGAAGAUAAGAUGUAUAAGCAGUCAGUUGCUUGCUUGCUGGCCCUCAUGAUGGUCUUGGCGCUGACAGAGGCCCGCUACCUCCCGACCAGGUCUCAGGAUGACAGGCUCCUCAGGCUUCGUCAGCUCCUCAAGGAUGAAUUUUACUUAAAGGCAUUAUAG